AUGGCACCAUCCCUGCAUCCUCUCAUCGAUAACGGCAUCACAAAGGGCAAAGACAACUUUCCCGGCGGCACCCUGCGUUGUCACUGUGCUUCCGAUCCAGUCGAGGUCGAGCUGAAAGGCAACGUCCUCCACAAUCACGUCUGCGGCUGUUCUCAGUGCUGGAAGCCCGAUGGUGCUCUGUUCUCCGUCGUGGCAGUCAUCCCAAGCGAGAAUGUGCGCGUGACCAAGAACGGACAUAAACUCGCCGUAUUGGACGAGAACGCCACCAUCUUGCGCAAUGCGUGCAAGGACUGUGGUGUCCAUAUGUACGGGCCGGUCGAAAAAGACCAUGCGUUCAAGGGAUUAAGCUUCGUGCACGUCGACCUGAGCGACGACAAGGGCUGGCAGGAGCCACAGUUCGCGGCGUUCGUGUCGAGCUUGAUUGAGCAGGGCUAUCCCCCGGAGAAGAUGGACGAUGUGCGGAAGCGCUUGCGGGAGCUGGGAUUGGAGCCAUAUGACGUGCUCAGUCCGCCGUUGAUGGAUGCCCUGGCAACCUUUGCGGCGGAGAAGGCGGGCAAGAGAAGCAAGCUUUGA